AUGGCCUCCCGAGCUGCAGCAGGCGCCCGCCCCGGCGCGAAAUUCGCCCAGUUCAAGCUGGUAUUGCUUGAGUUCGCUGGUGUUGAGAUUUGUCAAGGAGGCAAGCAGUCCUCGGAGGAGGAAGUAACUGACCAGUUGGAUCAGGACCAAUUCGAUGAUUACCGGGAGUCGACGAUUGGCGCUGCCUUCCUGACACAGACCAUUUCCCUCGACGAGAGCACUACGGUCAAGUUUGAAAUCUGGGAUACUGCUGGUCAGGAGAGAUACAAGUCGCUGGCUCCGAUGUACUAUCGAAAUGCCAACUGUGCCGUCGUGGUCUAUGACAUCACCCAAGCCUCAUCGUUGGAUAAGGCCAAGUCUUGGGUGAAGGAACUCCAGCGUCAAGCAAACGAGAACAUCGUGAUCGCCCUGGCCGGCAACAAGCUGGAUCUUGUCACCGAAAGCCCAGAUAAGCGUGCCAUCCAGACCGCAGACGCAGAGGCCUAUGCUCGUGAGGCCGGCCUCCUCUUUUUCGAGACCUCCGCCAAGUCCGCGACGAACGUGCGGGAAUUGUUCACAGCCAUCGCGAAAAAGCUGCCUCUGGACCAGGCUGGCCCCCGGAACCUGCGGACGGCCCCGCGCCCCGGAGUUGACCUGCGGCCUGAGGCUCCCGGCACCCAGGGUGCUGGUGUAUGCAACUGUUAA